AUGCCGGGAAAGUUGAUGAACCCCGCCCUCGGCAGAUCUAACCAGUCUACCAAUCACCAACCUGCACACAAAGAACAACGCCCCGCUGCCGCCAACUCUCCGGAACCAAAGACGUCGAUGAUAGCACUGCUUCAGAUAGUCGUGGUACUCGGUCUCUCUCUAGCUCUCGGCUCUAUAUGCAAGAUUAUACGGCAACCCGUCCAAAAGGACCAACUUGAGGCUCAUACUGCUCAGUACUCGGACCUAGUCCAGCGUUGUCUCUCGAUCGUCAAGGCUCUCCAGUCUGACGCCACCUUGCCGCUCCCAGCGAAAGCUGUUCUGCACGCGCUGAACUUCAUCUUCGAUAGACUGGAUUCAACGAGCUCGUCAUCUGCUGUGCAUGAGUCUCGUUCGUCUGCUGACGACUGUCGCUCCGACAACAACAUGGCCACUGAUGAUACGCAUGACUGCGAUCUCGAUGCUACAGCGAAACAUGAACCAAGACUGGCUAGUCUCAGCGAUGGGACCGAUGAGCAAGAUGCAAUAGACGCUCAAGAGCCUUCUGAUAUGGCGGAGGUGAAACUCUCGAAAGCGGCCAGGAGACGACGCAAUCGCAAGGCUCGACUCGCCCCAUACCUCAAGCCUGCUUCAACGACGAGCAACUCGUCUGUCGCCUAG